AUGAAGGUGCGCAUCGUCUACGCCAUCAUCAUACUCGGAUUGGAGACGCUCCUGUCGCUGUGCGUGCCGUACGUGCAGGGCGCCUUUGCCCAGAGCGUCGUGCAGGCGUAUACGGCCCAACACCUCGGCCCCGUGUGGAAGCCGCUGGCGCUGGUCGUGGUUGUCCAGUUCGCCAACUCGAGUAGCGGACUGUUGGCCGUGCGCGCGUUGUUGUGGGCCAAGUUCAAGCUCGGCCGCAAAGCCAAAGUGUGCAAGCUCGUCUACGAGCAUCUCAUGAAACACGAGGUCGCCUUCCAUAACUCGACGGACCCGACUGACAUCAGCACACGGUCAUUGAAAAAAGCAACCAGUGCGACCGUCUUGUCGCUGUACGGGCCGCAAGUCUCGUUCGUGCUGGGCGCGGUCUCGGCCGUCGACCUACUCCUCGUGCUCUGGGUUAACCGUACCCGGACGGUGACCGUCGACCGAGGCUCGAAUCUCUUGCCGUCGUUUGGCGCCUUCGCAGCCACCACCCUCGUCAUCGUGCGUGGCCUGCAGACUGGAGACCACACGGUCGCGCCCGUCGUGGCGUUCGGCGGGUACAUGGCUCUGGCUAAGGCCCCGAUGUGGCACCUCACGCGGAUCCGCGAGCAUAUCACGGAAGAUCUGAGGAAGUACGGGCCCAAGAACCUUAACCUUGACGUGGGUGGCGGCACCAUCGAAUUCAAAAACGUCACCUUUGGCUAUCCCUCCGCGGCCAAUGGCCCGGGCAAUAAAGCGAUCCUCAAAGACCUUUCUCUCGUCGUCGACAGCGGCCAGACAACCGCCCACGUCGGUCCGUCAGGCUGCGGCAAGUCGACCAUUAUCAACCUCGUGAAGUGGUCGUACGAUCCCGACAAGGGCACCCUCCACAUCGACGGCCAGGACAUCAAGGAGCUGCAAAAGGGGGAGCUGUCCAAGCACAUCUCCGUCAUGGCUCAGACGCGGUACCUCUUCAACCACACUUUCUCGCACAAUAUCAAGUACGGCCGGCCCGAUGCCACGGAGACAGAGCUACACGAUGCUGCAGACCGCGCCGGCAUUCACGACACGGUCAACACUCUCCCGGAAACGUACGAGGGUAUCGUCGGCGAGGGUGGCGGCUACCUCUCCGGCGGCGAAAAACAACGAGUUGCGCUGGCCCGGACACUUCUCCACGAUGCGCCCGUCCUCAUCUUCGACGAGGCCACCAGUGCAUUGGACGCCGACACGGAAGCUCACGUCAAGGAGAGCAUCAAGAGCAACAAGACGACCGUUGCCAUCGCACACCGCCUCUCAACCAUCAUGGGCGCCGACACGAUCGUCGUGAUGAAAACAGGUGAGGACGGGUGCGGCGAGGUUGCCGAGAAGGGAACACAUCGCCAGCUCAUCCAGCGUAAUGCCAUUUACGCGGGAUUGUGGAGGAAUCAGACUGGGGAGGACAAGGCGGACAUGGCCAAAGGCGGGAAGUGA